UGCUGGCUCGCCUGCGGGGUUUUUUACCCCAGAUGGAGCAGGAGAACCAGAAGCUGCAGCGAGCCAUAGAGGAGCAGGGCCAACAUUCAGUGAGCAUGGAGGCAGUGGACGACUCACAGCAACACAUUGAGAUGGACCUAUCACUAGGUCUGGUUGACUUGCGCACGGCAGAUGCCGUGGCGGCAGCAGAGAGGGCUUUGUCUGGGGCCGGACAGGGGAGCUCUGUGGGCAGAGGGGAGGGGGAAGGGGAGGAGGGCGAGGCUUGUAGCAGCGAUUCUGACUCAGAACUAGAAUCAGAGAGUGAAGAUUCUGAUGGUGAUGAUGGUGGGAAUCAGGGUGGUAUACGAAGGGCUGAUGCGCAUGAGGGAGAUGGCUUGGGCGGUGGAGACAGCUCGUCCGAUGGAGCAUCUUUUUGUAACGCGUAUCCAUCUGAAACUCGUUCUAACGGAGCUGCCGUUGACAUGACGACCGGCAACUUGGCGGACGGAAUGGUAACUGACGGUGGGCCACAAGCGGACGAAGCGUACGUGUUUACGGAUGACAUGUACGAAGGAGGCGUGGGGGCGCCCGGGUUACCCGGUUACAACGAGAUGGGGAAAGCUCCGCUAGGAAAAGGGGAGCUGACGUAUAGAGGAAUGAACAUCCUCGCUCCCAUGGUUAGAGUGAACACCCUCGCAUUCCGGCUGCUUGCUCUGGACUGUGGCGCGGAUAUGGUGUACAGCGAGGAGGUGAUCGACCACCGCUUUGUACAGUGCAAGAGAGUGGUCAACUCUGUGUUGAAUUCCGUUGACUUUGUUGAACCCACCACGGGCAUCGUGGUGUUCCGCACGUGUGAGGCAGAGAAGACGCGAGUGGCCUUCCAGAUCGGCACCGCUGAUGCUGUCCGGGCUUUAAGGGCUGCCGAAAUGGUCUGCAACGACGUGGCAGCCAUAGACAUCAACAUGGGUUGCCCCAAGCCCUUCUCCACCAGUGGUGGCAUGGGUUCUGCUCUGCUCUCCCGCCCAGAAAACGCAUGUGAUAUCCUCUCCACCCUGCGUCGCAACCUGCCUGCCUCCAUCACAGUCACGUGCAAGAUCCGUCUACUCGACUCGCCCCACCGCACACUCGACUUUGCCCGGGCUGUUGAAAGCACAGGAAUUUCAGCUCUGGGCAUUCAUGCAAGGAAGGUUCCUCACCGCCCGUCAAUGAAGGCGCAGUGGGAGGCGCUCCCUGCAGUGGUCUCGUCGCUCUCCCUCCCGGUCAUUGCCAAUGGGGACGUCUUCUGCUACAGUGACUUCGAUUCCAUUAGAGCGGCGACAGGAGCAUCAUCAGCCAUGGCAGCGCGAGCGGCUUUGUGGAACCCAACUGUGUUUCGCCCAGAGGGGCAGCAGAACUGGGAGGUGGUGAAGAGGCUGUUUCUGAGGCAGGUGGGACUGGGAGGUGGUGAAGAGGCUGUUUCUGAGGCAGGUGGGACUGGGAGGUGGGACUGGGAGGUGGUGAAGAGGCUGUUUCUGAGGCAGGUGGCACUGGGAGGUGGUGAAGAGGCUGUAUCUGAGGCAGGUGGCACUGGGAGGUGGCACUGGGAGGUGGUGAAGAGGCUGUAUCUGAGGCAGGUGGCACUGGGAGGUGGUGAAGAGGCCGUUCCAGAGGAAGAUGGGACUGGGAGGUGGUGGGAUGCAGGAACAUAG